CACAAGAAUAGAUGAAGACCAACUGCUCACACUUUGCAGUUUACAGAAAAUUUAUGCGGGAAAUAAUUUGUUUGAGUGCUCGUGUGCUGUUCACCCAAUCAGUCAGUCUCUAUAGAAAUACAUUGCUGAUGUGGAUGAGUUAUGGUGCCCGUCAAGUUUUCAUAUGAAUGGAGAUUUUACACUUUUCAACUAUUCAACUCACUGCCCAGGUGGAUCUAAUGCUACUCAUUGGUACGAUCGUUGUGCUGAGUUUUCCCACUCUUCCAAAUUCAUUAAUGAUGUCAACUUGUUGCAGUCCAAUAUGACUGUUGAGAUAUGUGUUGCUCAAUGCUACAUGGAGGGUCAUUAUUUUGCAAUUUUAUUCAACGGAACAUUUUGCUACUGCAAUACUGAGAUAUUUGCAUUUCGUUCUAUUACCCAAUACUCUAAAGUAAAACCUGAUCACGAGUGCAGUACACCAUGUCCUGGGAAUUUACAUGAAAUGUGUGGUGGACCUGAUGCUGUUUCCAUAUACAGUGUAGACGAAUUAUGCCUGAACGUUCCUGUUAUCAAUCGUAUUGACUGCAGUUCCAAUUGGCCAGAUAUUCCAAUAGACUCGUGCAUUCUUCGUGGCUGCUGCUAUGACGACACUUACCCACAGGCUUUCAAAUGUUUCUACAAGACAGAUCAACCACAUUUUAACACCACGUGUAAUACAUAUGAAAUGUACUCAUCAACUCAAGUCAAUGUGUCUGAUGUUUUACGAUCUGAAUUGCUGGAUGCUACAGAACCUAUCAGAUGUGAUGGUUUGUUGGUUGCUUGGGAGUUUGCUGUGACAGUUAAGCAUAUAUGUACAUUCAGUGUGUGGAGACCAAGGAUUGGGCAAUUUCUCCAACUUGUUAAUGAGAUAACAAUUAAUGUGACGGUUACUGGUGAGAUAAGAUACAAUCUGACAUCUAGUCAAAUGAUAAAAGUGAGGAAAGGUGACAUGGUGUCAGCUGACUGUUUCUAUUUGGUUUUGGAUACAGUCAAUCAUCCGACUGCACUGUAUACAAGGAGAGCACCAGAAAUUUUAAAUGCACCUACAUUAUUCACUGUGGAUCAAGCAAACGUGUUUCACAGUAAUCGUAACAAUCCAUUUCAACAUGAAGGCGUUCGACUGCAUCUACGAGCAAUCAUCAAUGAAUCUAUUGAUACAACAACUUUCCAGCCUGUCUUCAGCAAUUUAGCUCACAUCCUAAUCUAACUGAUCGACCACUAGCCUCACUCUGUCCAGUGACAACAUCACCACAACAAACGUCUCCAACUCUACCACUCCAAAC